GAAUCUUUCAAGCCGGCGUUGUUUCAUGUCGCUUUCGUGCUUGGCUUUGCAGGCACGAAGCGCGGAUGUAUAAAUCCCUGUAAUCGCCCCUCAAUUGCCCAUCAAUCGCUCCCAAUCGCUCUUACCUGAGUCUUCUUCUCUUCGCUUCGAAUUUGCCCCUUUUGGUUUGAGCUGGGAUUCUGCUAGAGAUCAUCAGGAAAUCGUCAUGGCUUUUCGCUCGUCCUUGAUCGUCGUUCCAGCCCUUCUGGUCGUGCAGGCGAUUGGAAUGGCGAUGGCUCAAUCCGCCGAUGCUCCAGCACCGCCCCCAGAUUCCGGUGCCAUGGCUUUCGCCCCAAGUCUAAUUUGGAUCGCAGCGUCUGGCCUCGCGUCGAUGUUCAUCGCCAGAACGCUCCAUCUGUGAAGAAAUUUGUACGAUUCUAUGAUUCUUUUUCGCCGUUCUUGAAAUAAAUUGCCACUAUAGGGCAAAACAUUUUUACCCUUUGAUGCGAAUUUGCCCGAAUCUGCGAAUAUUUGUUUAGGGUUCUUGGCGGAGAUGGUGGACAUGGCGGCCUUCGGCCAGGAAGGCUUCGAUCCGAAGGCGUGGGUGAACGCUGCUUGCAGGGCGCGGCACCCCGACGAGGACGCGGAGCGGCAGCUGAGCGAUCUCGAGAUGAAGCUGCAGCUGGCGUCGGAGGAUAUUGCCGCCGCAUUGGAGGAUCAGAGCACGGCAGCGCUGCUGCGCAUACCUAGGGCUCUCAGGGACGUGUCGCGGCUCCACGAUGACGCUCUCUCGCUCAGAUCCACCGUGUCGGGAAUGCUCCUCAAGCUCCGAACGGCAGAGGGCCUAUCGGCUGGAUCCGUGGCUGCGCUCUCUCGAGUGGAUCUUGUCAAGCAGAGAAUGGAGGCUGCUCACAAAACUUUGAAGGAUGCCGCAGGCCUGGCUCAACUCUGUGCGAGUGUCGAGACUGUCUUUGCGAGUGGGAAUUUGGAUGAGGCAGCAGGAACACUCGCAAACAUGCGUCGAUGCUUGGCUGUUGUUGGCGAGGUUCCGGAAUUCGCAAGUGUAAAGCGUGAGCUUGAAGCGCUGGAAAAUCGGCUGGAUGGGAUGGUUCAAACGCGUCUUACUGAUGCUCUUACUCAACGCAAGGUGGAAUCGGUUCAAGCUUUCCGAGCUAUACUGCUAACUAUCGGGCGCUACAAUUCGCUAGAACAGCAGUACAGUAAGGUUCGAUUGAAGCCAUUGCGUCGACUCUGGGACGAAUACGAGAGUUCAACUGACGGUGUCGGAAGUGGCAAGCCUUUUAUAGAGUGGCUUCCUACUUUUUACGAUCAAGUUCUGCUUACGUUAGAGCAGGAAUUGAAAUGGUGUAUGACUUGCUUUUCGGAGGACUACAGCCGUUUAAUCUCGAAAUUGUUGAUAGAUACUAUGUCCUCUAUACAGACCAGCUUUACUGCUCGUAUCGAGGCCAGCAUCACACCAGCGCAAACAUUACAAAGGCCGCCUUUAAACAUCAUUUUGAUGCUUCAUAAUAUCACAUCUUCAUUUGCAAAGAAUGUAGAGCGGCUGUUCUCAGCUGCCGACCAUCAAGAGAUGAUGCGAGUUUUGAAAGCUGUAUAUUCUCCUUAUGAAGGUUACAAGCAAAGGUAUGGAGAGUUGGAACGGGUGCAGCUAUCCUCAAAUCUUAGUUCUCUGGACUUGAAAGGUGCUGUUCAGCGAUCUGUUGGCUCUCGUGGAGUGGAACUUAGCGAGACAGUGCAACGAAUGGAAUCUUCAGUUCCAGAGCUCAUCACCUUUUUCGAGAGUGCGGUUGAGCGAUGUUUCAACUUCACUGGGGGUUCUGAGGUUGAGGCGCUCCUUCGCGCGUUAGAUGAAACUAUGAUCCAGUACACUUCCAGCUUGCAUGAAGUUCUCAAGUCGUUGCGACCGGUCUGUGGGGUUUCACAGGUUUUCGACUCUACAAAAAAGGAUUCUCUUGACGGAAGCAUUAACAAGGGCAAAGGAAAUCAGGACAUGAUUCCCGAAGAAGAAGAAUGGGUGAUAGUUCAAGGAGUGCUGCAGCUAUUGACCGUUGCGGAAAGUCUCAGUGGUCGACUAUCUGUCUUCGAGGCAAGCUUACGUGGAACACUUUCAAGGCUUAAGAAUCAGUUGCCUGGAAGUAGAGAAGACGGUGCCAAUGCGUUGCUGGAUAUAGCCGGCCUGAGAUUAUUGGAUGCGCCAGAUAAAGCACGAAAGCUUGCAUCACUCGUGGAACAGGCGACCGACCCUCGUUUCCAUGCUCUUGCUCAUGCAUCCCAGAGAGUUGGAGCUUUUGUUGACGCGGCGAAUGAGCUCGUCUACGAAGUUCUCAUUUCUAAGGUGCGAGUAAGGCUGGCCGACGUGGCCAGUAUGCCUGUGUGGAGUGCUCCGCAGGAAGACAACCCGUACGCCUUGCCAUCUUUCAGCGCGUAUCCGCUGCCUUACGUGACUAGCAUCGGAGAGUACCUUCUCACGCUCCCGCAGCAGCUAGAACCAUUAACUUCAUCGAUGACAACCUCUGAUACAUCGGACGACAUCAAUGAAGAAGGCCAAUACUUUGCGACAGAGUGGAUGUUCAAGGUGGCUGAGGGAGCGACUGCUCUGUACGUGGACCAGAUCCGUGGUAUUCGCAAUCUGAACGAGCGAGGAGCUCAACAGUUAUCUGCGGACAUCGACUAUCUCUGCAAUGUCCUGACAGCUCUGUCUAUGAACGUCCCUGCUGUGUUGUCCACAUUCCAGCAAUGUGUAGGUGCAACCCGCGAGCAGCUCGCAGAAUUUACCAAAGGCGUUGGCCCAGACUUGGAUGGUCCAACUGUUCGUCUCGUGUGUAAGAUGCGCCAAGUUCUGGUAGAGUAAGCCUUUCAUGCUAAAAAAACAAUAUUUUUUCUUUGUCAA